GUCAUUGACACCGGCGCCCCCAUUACCGUGCCCGUGGGUGAGCAGACGCUGGGCCGUAUCAUUAACAUCAUCGGCGAGCCGAUCGAUGAGCUUGGUCCCAUUGAUACCAAGAAGUUCUAUGCCAUCCAUCGCCCAACUCCAACCUUCACUGAGAUGAACACCACAGCGCAGCAGCUUCUCACAGGGAUCAAGGCCGACGGAGGGGGUUUGGGUGAAUCUGUGCGUUUUUUGGAUGUGUGA